AUUUUGUAAGCAAGUUUUGCAAUACAGUGAGAUUUCAGAGGAGACUCGUUCAAUCAAAGUGAAAAACGGCCAAACCAAACCCGAGUCGGAGAUGGAGUCCGAGCAAGGAAAGGAGCAAUAGAAAGUUGCAGAUUUUUUCUGCUAUUUAUGAGCGCGGGUUAGUAGCUCUAUUUGUGUUUGUGUUUGUGUUUGUGUUUGUAGAGACCAGAGAAUAAAGGAAGGAAACUCAUGGGACCGUUGGGAGUCUGCAGUGGAGGAAUCGCUAAGCCGCCGCGGCGGUCAGAUUCAGAAGAUCUGUUCAGGAGAUUGCCGGAUGAGAUCGUUCUGGAUAUCCUUUCCCGGUUGGGAACGGUGAAUGAAACGGCGAGAUGCGGCAGCCUCGGGAAACGUUGGAGGGGUAUAUGUCGAUUGAUUGACGGUGGGGUUCUGGAUUUCGACAAAUCGUUGGACCUACUGAGGAGCACCAUCCCAAAGACGCCGACUUUGGAGAUUUCGAAGGAAGCCCAACUUCGAUUCGCGAAUGCGGUGAAUCAAGCCCUGAGCUGGCAUCGGUCCGAAACUCUGGAUGCUUUGAGAAUAGCGUUCGAUUUGUACGGAUUGGGAGAGGAAGCCUGGAAGUGGAUCGAAUUCGGGUUGAAGAAGAGAGUUAAAGAGCUGAGAUUGCUGUCUUGCUUCUCCUACUCUGGAGACCAUCGCAUCCCUCUGCCACUUUUGACACCUGAAUUUCUGGGUACACAGGAUCUCAGCCGGCUGGAGGUCUUGGAGCUGGAGGGCUUGUCGAUAAUUACCCAAGAAACUGUGGACUACAUUUUCUCCCACUGCCACUCCCUGAAACGCUGGGUUCUCCGCAAUUCCUGUUUUAGAGGUGAAGUAGUUAGAGUUUCCAACGUUGAGAAACUGCAGUACUUGGAGUUCACCCGCCUAUAUUUUGCCCGCAGGAUAGAACUGAUGUCUGCUCCAAAUCUUCAUACUGUCAAGUUCACAGGGAAUGCAACAAUCUGUUUCGGGGACCAACUUCCUCAACUUCUGGAGGCAUCCUUUUGUGGUGCUCUCAAGGCCUCAGAUUACUCCCUCCCUUGGCCUCCCUCUCAAUUUUGCAGGUAUGCACCACGGUUAGAGCGUCUCACACUCGAGCUCCGUAUGUCCAACUUCUUCAAUGCUUCUCGGGGACGAUUGGAUUGGUUGACAUUUGAGAACCUCAGAGUCUUGGAUUUGGUCAUGUAUUCUAGCUCUUCAAGUUUCUUAGCGUGCACCAUGCCUCUAAGAGCGGCUCCAAUGUUGCGGGAAUUGUCCAUAUGGUUCAGUAUUCCAGAUUACUUGAAGAAAGCCUGGGAGCCAAGCGACUUGAGUGCUGGGUCAACAUGGUGGGAGCAUCACUCUCUUGAGGUGCUUAAGCUGUAUGGGGUGCAUCAAACAUCAAAAUUGGAUGAGCCAAGAUUCAGGCGGCCUGGACGUGAAUCUCACGAUGCUCGCGUACUUUGCCUUGAGGCCUCCAUGUCAGAUUGAUAUCGAUACCCGUGAAGCGAGAAUGGAGUUGGAAACCCAACUCCAAGGCCGCUCAGCCAGCCCUCAUAUUCACUACACUUAUCGGUAGUAUAAUAUAUACGUAUGUAUCUAUCAUAUUUUGAUGUAAUGCUUGAUUAAGGAUUUGCUAUGCUGACCCGAGAUGUUAUUAUGGAUAAACUCUUCAAAACAAGUUAUCUUAUAUUUUUCACAACAAAGCUUCUUCCUUCGUUCUCUUUGAUCAUAGUAAUCUCAUUUCCCCUCCAGUAUACAAAUCUUUUCUUUCAUAUUGCUGCUCUUAGUUUUUGGUGGAUACUUUGGAGGACUAUAUUCUAUUGUUUUGACUUAGCAAUUAAGGUUCACUGGUCCCUCUUUUAUAAGAUACUAUGGCUGGGUGCAUGGAUUUCUUACAUCAUGGUUGCAUUAUAGGACUGAAUUUCCUAUUAUAUUAGUGUCACUAUUCACCAUUCCACAAUUUUUGAAGAUAAUGAAUCUCCACCUCAAGUAAUCUGCUGCAGAGUUGAAAGAUUAAUAGCAGAUGACUGAUUAGUGCAGGGAAGGUCGACAGAACAGCUGGGGAGACCUGGCUAAACUCUGUGCAGAAAGAGCCACUCUCCACUCAGUGCAGUUUGUAAUUCGUCACAUGCCACGGUUUGUUGCUGCAGAAGAUGAGAGGAAGGGUAGCAUGCCUGUUGAUGAUGAUGUGGUUGUGGUGAUCCAGUGGGUGUACUGUUGGAAUUUGCAGCAGCUCUCAUAGCUUGUUUGAACCAUGACAAGUAGUACUUGUGUUGCAUGUGUGAAUUCAAAUGGGUUUGCUGCUGUUGGAAAAUGCAGGCUCCAAUACCAAUUCGAACAGCCUUUGGUGAAUCAAGAAUGGCGCUAAACAGAGUCUACUGAGUUCGAUUCCAACAAUUUGUCGCAGCCCGUUUAGAGGUUUUGCUGGAGGGCAGCAGCGUGAUGUAGUCUUGUGCGAAUAGUAGGUUUUGUGUAGUUCCCGCUUGUUUGUUGCCUUGCUCGUUUUUUCCUGUCUUUCCCUUUUCUGUUUUGUGUAGCAGGCUUUGUUUAAACAAAAAGAAAUAAGUAAUGCAGGGU